AUGGACUCUCAGAAGCGGAAGAGAACCGCCGUCGCUUGCCACUACUGUCGAAGGAGGAAACGCAAAUGCGAUGGGCGGCAACCAGUCUGCACCCUCUGUGAGGAGGCCAACAACUCAGAAUGCGAGUACCCCAUCACAGAGGAAAACAACAGGCAAAUCUCGGCAGACCAUACGGCCGAGAUCUUGGACAGGCUGCAUAGACUCGAAGAGUCCUUCAACAACUUCACAAGCAUCCCGCCCAACUCCCACAUUCAACCAGGCGAUCACUUCACCCCGCACUCCUAUGGGCCGCCGCUGAGGCAUAAUCCCUCCCCAGCCUCCGCCUUCCCAUCCCCAGACUACGCGGCGCCUCUAGCCGUGGACCCAUCCAUCCAUGUCUACUCCAGCUCCUCCGCCCCGAGGGCCACUGGGAUGGGGACGGACAUCACCGCCCCCAUGGCGAUACCCAUGUCUCACUCCACCACCACGGGCAGCCUCCUCCAGUCGCGGUCCGCAAAGACUCUGCUUGGUGAUUACCCGUCCGACGUCUUCCUCCGCGUCGAGAGCAAACGCUCCCUGCACCAGGUGCUAUCACUCACGCCGGUUCCCUUGAACCAGAUUACUUUUCCUACACUAUCCGCAGAAACGGCGGCGCCAUUGGCUGAUAACUUUUUCAAUCUCGUCAACCCGCAGCAUCCCGUGCUCGAAAGGGAGGACUUUGACCCAAUCUACCAAGAUGUCGUGGGCCAGCCUCUCCAGCGGGACAUACGUACCGCGCUGGUACUGAUCGUUUUGGCUCUGGGAGAAGCAGCGGUGGAUACGCCCGAUCUCACGAAGAAUGCUUGGUUGCCGGGCGUGGAGCUCUUCACGCCGGCGCUGCAGGUACUUCUCGCCACGUGGUUCGACUCGUUCGGGGAUAACAUCCUGUUGCCGCAGGGGCUGUACCUUGCGGCGUUAUACUACAGCUAUCUUUCUAGGCCGCUCCAGGCGUGGAGGCUUGUGCACAUGGCCUCGACUAGCAUCCAGCACUUUCCUAUUCGGCAUCGAAGCAUGAAGCAGCCCUUGGAGGAGACCCUAAAGCAUCAGCCCGUCACUAGAUUAUGCUGGGCCAUAUUCGUCCUAGAAUGUGACAUCGUCGCCGAGCACCACCUCCCACGAAGCGGCAUCGACCAAGUAAUCGAGAACCUCCCCUUCCCGCGCUGCGGCAACCCACCCGACACCGCGAUGCUGUACUGGCUGGCGGACCUCUCCGCCCGCCGCCUCCUAAACCGGAUACACCACGUCAUGUACGACACCGCAAACCUCACAGCCACCGCAGUACCGACAGCGUCCCUGAUAUCCGUGUCAGCAGAGCUCAAUCACCAACUCGGGGCGUGGUUCGACCUGCUCCCGUCGACCAUCAAACCGGAUCUGAACAACCCGGCCCCGAGUGUCGACGAGGCAAUCAUGAUUUUGAGGUAUAAUGCGGCAGGGGACAUUAUUUUCCGCCCCUUUUUACACCAAGUGUGUGGAUCGCCUCCGGGUUCGACUCCGCCGGACUUGGUCGUGGAAAACGCAAAGCAGUGUCUGUAUCAUUGCAGGCAGUACCUGGCUGUGGUCGAGCACCGGCUAAAGGCGUCGUGCGGAUCUUUGGAGAUUGUGUUGCACUCAACGCUAGCGGUGAUCUUGCUUUUGACGCUGGCCUCGUUGUCACCGAUUCUGUCUUCGGCCGUCCCGGAUAUCGAUACGCUUCAACUCCACGCGAUUUUGUUGGUCGAGAAGUGGGCGUUCCCGGGGUCGAGCAUAGAGAGCAUGCUCUCCAUUUUACGGACAAUGAGGGCGAAAUAUCAGAUUCUCUAUUAA